AUGGAUAGUAUAAGCACCUGCUUGUCAUUAUUGAAUUUCAAAAGUAAUAAAGAAACUAAGUGUACUAAAGAUGAGCUUAACAGGUCUAUAGAUUUAUAUACAGACUCAAAUAUUAGUAUAAUGGAAAGACAAAUUGUGAAAUAUUUGCAUGGAAUGGGAAUAUAAACAAAAACCGAUCCUGUGUUGAAGGAAUAACAAUACUGGAGUCAAAGAAGGAUUGAAAGCAAUAAGAGUUUGGAAGAAUUUUAGAGAUUACCAUAGUUAUAAUUAAAUACUUGUGUCCUAAGGUUAUUAAAUAGUAGAGAAUCUUAGUUUAAUAAGUAUUUUCAUAAAAAUGAAAGUAUUUUGUAAGCAUCUCUUGCUUCCUGA